AUGAAACAAAACCUAAAAAAAGACGAACAAGAAAAUACAGACGACGAAAUUGUAAACAUUGAAGAUGGCGUUAAUGAUAACGCUGAUAGUAAUGAUGCUUCAGAUAUUACUGUUGAAACAACUAGGUCUAGCUCGUCAGGAAAAAGAAAAAAUGAAGAAAAUUUGUUCAAAAUCUUAGCAGAUAAUAUUAUAAAUAAAAAGAAAAGAAAUAUGGAAACAGCAGACAAUGAUGAUCCGGACAAACAAUUUUUGUUAUCUUUAUUGCCAGAUUGA